AUGUUUUUCUAGCGUAUCCAUCCGCUGAACCAGAAGAAAAAAACCUCCUACAGUAGACUACACUAGGCCAGCGGCGCACCGGGGAGGGGCUCGUCAGCAAAUCUCACAUCUCCCGCCCCCACCCGAUACGGGCUCGCCGCAUGGGUCGAGCCCAUCGAGCUAGCGAAAAAUUGCGGGCAGCACAAAGGUUAUGCCAGUAAUAGAUUUUUCUCGUUGCCGGCGGCUCCAGGUACCUGGGUGACAAGGAGGGGAGAGGGACCCGGCACUCACUUAAAAGCCACCCCGAUCCGGCCGGUCAUUGUUUUGUUUCCCAUUGUUACCGACUUCUUUGCAACCUUGUACACAUCUUCUUUCGUCUCAACUUACAUCCCAAUCCAAUCACAAUGGUUGCUCUCCUUACUCUCCUCGCCGGCGCCGCCAUAGCCGUCCCUGCCCUCUCUGCUGGCGUCCCCGAUGGCUGCCCUGCGCCCAACUGGAACAUUGACGAGCUUCACUGGUUCAACGGCUCGUCGAGCCUCAACUGCUUCGGCACCGACCGCUCCAAGAGCGGCUGCUACACCGGCAACGCUGCCGACAACUACUGGGUGCAGCCCAUUUCCGAGGACGACUGCCGCAACAACAAGAAGGGCUCUUGGGUUCCUGUCUGUGCUACUGGCUUCCGCACCUACCAGCCCUGGGGUUACGGCUCGCCCGAGUACAUUACCCUCAAGGGCCCCAAGACCGACUGCCGCGAUACCUACAAGGGCUACCGCAACUACGAGAUUGGUGGUGGCCGCAUCGAUCUCUGCAGCUCCCACGCCGAGAGCAUCGUCAACUUCUACGCUUCUAGCCUUGCUGAGUCCUCGACUGCUCGCAUCGAGCGCUACAUGAGCGGUUCUUACUCUGGCACCUGCACCAACGGUAGCAGAAUCGCCUACCACGGCUCUGUCGAGUUCCAGCUCGACUGCUCUUUCGACCCUGAGCGCAACUCUACUUGCACGGCUACCAACAUUAACAUCCCCGUCACCGACUACACCAUUAGCAACUAAAAUAAUACGAUUGAAAUGAUACAUGUACAUAAUACUAUGCUAUUAUAGACGAAAUAGAAUAUUCGAAAAGAAAAAUUGAUCUAUACAUUU